UUGGCGGCGUUGGCGGCGGCGCGUCCCCGCGCCCGGGCGCGCUCCCGCUGUCGGGUCCGCGGCGGCCGGGUGAGAGCGGGAUGGAGCUGAGGCAGCGCGGAGGGCCGCCCGGAGGAGGAGGAUCGGGCGAGCCGGGCGCCGCGGGGGACCACGAAGCCGAGAGCACCAGCGACAAAGAAACUGAUAUUGAUGACAGGUUUGGAGAUGUCGAUUCCAGAAUGGAUUCCGAUAUUCCAGAAGUUCCACAGUCGUCUGACAGAACCCCAGAAAUCCUCAAGAGAGCUCUGAAUGGUUUGUCUUCGAGGUGGAAGAACUGGUGGAUUCGAGGAAUUCUCACCCUCACGAUGAUUUCAUUAUUUUUCCUGAUCAUCUAUUUGGGAUCGUUUAUGCUGAUGCUUCUGGUGUUGGGCAUCCAAGUGAAGUGCUUCCAUGAAAUCAUUACCAUAGGUUAUAGAGUCUAUCAUUCUUAUGACCUGCCGUGGUUCAGAACCCUCUGCUGGUAUUUUCUGCUAUGUGUCAACUACUUUUUCUAUGGAGAGACUUUGGCUGAUUACUUCGCUACGUUUGUUCAACGAGAAGAGCAACUUCAGUUCCUCAUUCGGUACCACCGAUUUAUUUCCUUUGCACUCUAUCUUGCAGGUUUCUGCAUGUUUGUACUAAGCUUAGUGAAGAAACAUUAUCGUCUGCAGUUUUACAUGUUCGCAUGGACUCAUGUCACUUUGCUGAUCACUGUAACUCAGUCUCACCUUGUCAUCCAAAAUCUAUUCGAAGGCAUGAUAUGGUUUCUGGUACCGAUCUCAAGUGUCAUCUGCAAUGACAUCACUGCGUACCUUUUUGGCUUCUUCUUUGGGAGAACUCCACUAAUCAAGCUGUCGCCUAAAAAGACUUGGGAAGGAUUCAUCGGAGGCUUCUUCUCCACGGUUGUGUUUGGAUUUAUCGCCGCCUACCUGUUGUCCCAGUACCAGUACUUCGUCUGCCCGGUGGAAUACCGGAGCGAAUCCAACUCAUUCGUCACAGAAUGCGAGCCGUCCGAACUCUUCCAGCUUCAGAAAUACUCAGUUCCUCCCUUGCUCAGGACGGUGUUGAGUUGGGAAACAGUGAGACUAUAUCCAUUCCAGAUACACAGCAUUGCUCUUUCAACAUUUGCUUCUCUAAUUGGCCCAUUUGGGGGCUUUUUUGCUAGUGGAUUUAAAAGAGCCUUCAAAAUCAAGGAUUUUGCGAACACCAUUCCUGGCCAUGGGGGAAUAAUGGAUCGGUUUGAUUGCCAGUAUCUGAUGGCUACUUUUGUCCAUGUGUACAUCACCAGUUUCAUAAGGGGGCCGAAUCCCAGCAAAGUGCUCCAGCAGCUCCUGGUACUCCAGCCCGAGCAGCAAUUAAGCAUCUACAAGACGCUGAAAUCCCACUUGAUCGAAAAGGGCAUCCUCCAGCAGCCUUCCCUGCGGGCGUAGCGGGAACCAGUUUGGCCGACUCGAGGCGCCGAGGAACCGACCGGGUAUCUGUUCAGGCAAGGGGCUGCAAAUCCGGAGGCGGUGGAGGUCUUUAAGACUCAAACGUUUCUCUGCUGAAAUUACUGUGAAUAUUUAAACGAGCUGAUGACCCGCGAUGUAGAAUUAACAGAUUGCCUGCAAAAACAUACUGUAUUUUUUCUAACGUGCACCUUCUCCUCUGAUCUCGACAGAGCCUCCCGUGAGGACUUAUUUUAAAAUGGUCCGACACAAUAAAAGGAGUGAAUCGAGGAAGCGUUGGGAGGGCACUGUCGGGCGUUCGUGUGGGCAGCCCCCCGCCGAAUGUUAACCUGUGGUACGAUAGACAAUCAGUUCUUUCCGGAGUUCUCCUGUUUGAGGCUGAAAUGUCUCCCGAUGGAUUAUACUUGGGGACGCAAGUAGAACCAGGUUUCUUUGUCCAGGGUCGGCAGAGCGAUGGCAUGGCCAGGGAAACGUCUGCCCUGAGGCUAGUUGGGAAGUAAGCGGUCCAAAUGAUUUGGGAGAGGGGGCGUUGGUUGCCGGGGGCCGGCGAUCGGUCCGACCUCGUCGAAAGAGACGGCUUUGGAAAACGUUCUCCGGGACGAUCAGUGGAUUCCAUCCUGGGGAAAGCGAGGCCGGGGUUAAGGUGGGAUUUCCGGGCCCUUCCUGUGCCGGUGUAUGCCGGAAUUCAGCCAGCGGGGGCCAAAACGAUGAUGGCGAGUCUCAGAAAGGAUGAGGCCCAAUGUCUGAGCCGUCAUCUUAGCUCAUCUGUCCAGUUUUCCCAUUGUCCCUCGAAAACGGGUCUCUCCCGGGGUGACUGGGCACUGAGCUCCACGCUCUGGAGCCGGGCACAGACCUGGCUCCUCCUGCUGCCCCCCGGCCCAUAACCGGGGCCUAGGGCAGUGCGGGAAUGGUCCAUCCAGGCACAGAAACCAGCCACCACCCAUCUGGGGUCUUAAUCUUGGUGAAUGGGGUGGGGGCGGUGAAGGGGAAGGGGACGAAACAGCAUUCCACUCUUUCUCCCAAAGCCCUCACUUUGCAGGAAGCUGGCGCUUCUUUGGGUUAGAGUGGGGAGAGGCAGGCUGGGAAUUAGCUGCUGACCAAGGGGGAGUCACGCCAGGGCUCAGUCCCUCUGCACUCUCCCUGGGAAGGUUAAAGCCCCCCGGAAUCAAUCCUCCCUGAAUGGGAGGAACAUGCGAACACCUUCUUUUUGGUGGGAGGGACACCAGAAGCGGAGGCGAUUCAGGUUUUCAGGAAUGAAUGUAAAUAGGCUCCUUUUGCUCGGUGCCGUCUCUGGCCGCAUUUUAUGCUUCCAGCUGGAUUGGAGCUAAAAUUCAGAACUGCUGCUUGCUCUGACUCUGGGCAGGAAGAAAAUAAAGAUGUUUUUAACAAA